CCCUGUCCCGAGGCGUGUCCUGUUCCCGUGUCCCGGUGCUGUGUCCUGUGUCCUGUCCUCGUUCCCGAGGCGUGUCCCGAUCCCGUUCCCGCGUCCCGCGUCCGAGUCCCGUGUCCCGGGGCGUGUCCCGUUCCCGUGUCCCGAGGUGUGUCCCGUUGCCGUUGCCGCUCCCGAGGCGUGUCCCGGUGCCGUCGCCGUUCCCGGGGCGUGUCCCGGUGCCGUGGGCGGGCCGCGCCGAGGCCGCCAUGGCGCUGAACGGGGCCCUGGCGCUCCGUGUCGCCUACGCGUCCUUCGGUGCCCUGAGCGGCCUCUCGGCCUUCUGCGCCUGGAGCGUGGUGCCCGCGCUGCGCCAGCCCGGCACGGCUGCGGCCGGCGGCCUCUCGGGUGUGCUGGCGCUCUGGGCCCUAAUCACGCAUGUGAUGUACCUGCAGGAUUACUGGAGGACCUGGUUAAAAGGGCUGAGGUUCUUCCUCUCCGUCGGGAUCCUCUUCUCUGCCCUCUCCGGGCUGGGCUUCUGCGCCUUCCUGGCCCUGGCCAUCACCCAGCACCAGUCCCUGACUGACCCCAAGAGCUAUUACCUGUCCUGCGUGUGGAGCUUCAUGGCGCUCAAGUGGGCGCUGCUGCUGAGCCUCUACUCGCACCGGUACCGCGCCGAGUUCGCCGACAUCAGCAUCCUCAGCGACUUCUGAGCCCCGGGGCAAGGUGUGAGAGAGGGCACAGACACUGUCUGUCUGUCUGUCUGUCAGUCUGUCUGUCCAACAGAGGGCUUUUCCUGCUGGCUUUUCCUCACUCAUCGCUGCUCGUUCUGGGAGGGAAGGAGGGGAAGGACUCCCUGAGUGCUGCCAAAGGGGUGGCAGUCCCCACCUUUGUCACUGCCCUGCUCCUGUGUCCGCUCUCUGCUCCGUGGGAAGGGCCCAGCUGAGCUCCCAGCCAGGUUCUGCCUCUCCAGGGCUUUGGGGUUUGGGGGCAGCAGAGGAGCAGAGCUCAUCCCAAAGGUCCCAGGGAUGGGAAUGCUGCUCCAGGCAGAGCACAGCUCAUCCCAAAGCUCCCAGGGAUGGGGAUGCUGCUCCAGGCAGAGCACAGCUCAUCCCAAAGCUCAUCCCAAAGCUCCCUGGGAUGGGAAUGCUGCUCCUGGAAGAGCACAGCUCAUCCCAGAGCUCAUCCCAAAGCUCCCUGGGAUGGGAAUGCUGCUCCUGGCAGAGCACAGCUCAUCCCAGAGCUCAUCCCAAAGCUCCCUGCCUUGGGAAUGCUGCUCCUGGCAGAGCACAGCUCAUCCCAGAGCUCAUCCCAAAGCUCCCAGGGACAGGAAUGCUGCCCUGGCUGCUCCCCAGGCUGGUUUUCAAAAGGAAUGGGAUCUCAUUUAACCAUAAAUGCUGUAUUUAACGCUUGAAGUUGCAGCAGCAGCAGGUGUAGGGAAAAGGUGUUUGGGGGAAAGGGGUGUAGGGUCAAGGCCUGACCUGCCUGAGCCUCAGGGAGAGGAUUCCUGGGGGGAAAAAUAAGGAAAAAAUGUUUUUGUGGAAGCAGGAGGAGAGAGGAGGGGACAGAGGCUGCUCAGGGGACCCCAGGGAUUGAGGAGCAGCUUUGGGGUGAGGCUGUGACGUGCUGGAGUCCCUAAACCCAGCCCUGGGCCAUGUUCUAGCCCUGGAGUUCCCACCCCACAUGCCAGCUUUUUAAAGGAUGCUGUGUGUAAAUAUUCCCUCUAUUUUUACAUGGAUUCCUCCUGGUUUGCACCUCGGGGGUGCCGGGGUUGGCGCCACCCUUGCUGUCACCGUGUGCCACCACAAAUACAGCCCUCCCUCAC